AUGGCUGUGAUGUUGGCGCUUCUUCUCUCCAUGCUGCUGGUGUCCACCCACACUCCUAGUCUAGCGUCUCCUUCCUGCCCUGUGAGCUGUCGCUGCUACAGCCUCACUGUGGAGUGUGGCUCCACCGGCCUGAGGGACAUUCCCAAACACAUCCCUCCAUCAACACAGACCAUCUUCCUCCAGGACAAUUUGAUUGGUCAGAUCCGUCGACAGGACCUCAUUCUGCUGAAGCACCUGCACUACUUGUAUCUGCAGAACAACACCAUCUCAGCAGUGGAGCCUGGCUCUUUCCAGAACCAGGGUCAGUUGUUGGAGCUGGCUCUGAAUGGGAACCGGAUCCAUCUGGUGACAGCUGACAUGUUUCAGGGACUCGAACACCUGCGCAUUCUUUACCUGGCAGGAAAUGAUAUCACACGCCUGCAGGACUACACCUUCCGUGGAUUACAGCGUCUGCAGGAGCUCCAUUUGCAGCACAACAGUAUAGACAUGUUAGCGGACCAGGCUCUAGCUGGCUUGACUUCUCUGGCUCUAUUGGACUUGAGCAGGAAUAAUCUUCACACCAUUGGCCCUGCGUCCCUGCAACCUCUUGUGAGCCUGCAGGUGCUGCGCAUCACAGACAACCCAUGGCGCUGUGACUGUGCUCUCCACUGGCUGAGGAGCUGGAUUGAUGAGGCGGGGCAGCGGCUGCUCAGCUCUGCAGAACGUCGGCUGGUCUGCACUGAGCCGCCACGUCUCUCCCACCUCAGCCUGGUGGAGGUUCCCCUCAACAGCCUGGUGUGCAUCCCUCCGCUGGUGCAGCUGGAGCCCAGGAGGCUAGCUGUGCGCCUGGGAGAGAGCCUAAGGGUGUCCUGCCAUGCCUCUGGUUACCCUCGGCCCCAGGUGACCUGGAGGAAGGCAUCCCAGGGUAAAGUGGUGCUUUCUCCCAGAGGCCUGGUUCAGGAGCUGGGUGCUGGAGGAGGUGGAGUGGGCAGAGCAGAGGAUCCCUCAGAAGAAGGCAGAGUCAGUCUGCACAAGACUGACGCUGAGCGCUUUGACCCCGACACUGGCAGUGGCAUGCUGUUUCUCAGUAAUGUGACUGUGGCUCACGCAGGUUUCUAUGAAUGUGAAGCCUGGAAUGCAGGGGGUGUGGCCAGGGUGACCUUUCAGCUCGCCAUCAACUCAUCCACUUCCUCCUCCUCCUCCUCUUCCUCGUCCAUCUGGGCCUCCUGGUCCCAAGUGUCCUCUCCAUACUCCCCCGCUUGGCCCCGGCUGAGGAACCACGGCCCUGCUUUGGGCUCAGAUGUGAGCCGCGAACCCCUGUACGCUCUGGGCAACAUGGCCUUCAGCGCUCUGGGAGCUGCCACUCAGACUGCCAUUGCUGUGGGCAUCUCCCUGCUGGCUCUGACCGCUCUGCUACUGGUCGCCAUGAUCUACAGCCGACAUCAGCAACGAGAUAAGGAGGCCGAUGGAGCUGAGAAAGAGGAGAGCAUCCUGUACGUGAACGACUACUCUGACGGCCCCACCACCUUCGCCCAGCUGGAGGAGUACCGUGACGAGCGUGGCCAUGAGAUGUACGUCCUCAACAGGGCCAAGCCUGUGCUGCCUCCUGCUCCACCCACAGCUGUCUCCACCACUAACUUAGGUUGCCCCGCUCCGUCUGACACCUCCAGCCACACCCUCUCCUCGGGGCCUGGUCAGACCCUGACUCCCACUCUGGUCCCCAACAAACAGCAGCAACAGCAGCAGGAGGGUGACAUACGGACCAUGAGGAGAAUGGCUGGUGAGGGGGGGGAGGCUGAGCCUGUGAUCACAUCAGAGGCUGAAGGGAUGUUUCUUAACCACACAGGCCUGUUCAUGGACUCUCAGAUCGCCUACGAGAUCCACUGCUGA